AUGGUUGCUGGAUCCACGCCACACUUGUUUCAUAGACUCAUAUUCCGAAUUUCUGGACGCAUAGAAUCGCCAAAUGUGGAUUGGAAUGGAUCCGCUUGGAGGUCUGAGACAAGACGUCAUGAACUUGCGGAAGAAGAGACUAGGAUGGCCAAUAAUGAGGCAAAGAUAGCACUAUUUGUGGCACCAAUGCUGAUGGAUCCGUGGUCCGUGUCUUCCCUUGCGCCCUCGUCUGUGGCUAGCGUGCGGCUGACUCCCACCCUAUGCCGGGCCAGAGUGCCAGCUCUAACAAUCAGAAGAAACUUCAAGAAGCAAAUUGCAGCGAAAGAUAUGAGUUGGAGCGGCAAAGUCUGCUUCACCUUACAUAUCUUCAAGUUAACUGACCCCACACUUUGA